UGCCACUCCACCAUUCCCGCUGCUAUCCAAGACGCCGUCAUCCUGGCUCUGCAAUCAAAUACAUUCGGAGGAGCGGCAGUGGCCCCCCCAAUGGCCCAGCCAAAUACAGAGGCCGCAGAAGAGUAUGAAUAUGAGGCCCUGCCGCCGAACUUCUCGUUGAUGCAGAACAUGGCCGCUGGUGCAUUUGCUGGAAUAGCUGAGCACACCGUCAUGUACCCGAUUGAUGCUAUCAAGACACGAAUGCAAAUCCUCAAUCCAACCCCCUCCGCAGUCUACAAUGGGAUGAUCCAGGGGGGUUAUCGAAUAGCCACGGGGGAGGGAGUCCUCAGUUUAUGGCGAGGCAUGUCUAGUGUGGUUGUUGGAGCAGGACCGGCUCACGCAGUCUACUUUGCUACCCUUGAAGCUGUAAAGCAUGUCAUGGGAGGUAACCAGGCUGGUGUCCAUACCCCUCUUGCUUCCUUCACCAGCGGAGCUUGCGCAACAAUUGCGAGUGAUGGCCUCAUGAACCCAUUCGAUGUCAUCAAGCAGCGCAUGCAAAUCCAUAAUUCGCAAAAGAUGUACAGAUCCAUGUUCGACUGCGCAAAAUACGUCUAUCGGAGCGAAGGCGUGUCCGCAUUCUACGUCUCCUACCCCACGACGCUUUCCAUGACCGUUCCUUUCACGGCACUUCAAUUACUCGCGUACGAUUCGAUGUCGACAUUUAUGAACCCUACGAAAGCUUAUGACCCGGUAACACAUUGCGUUGCAGGAGCUGUUGCUGGAGGAUUUGCUGCGGCUCUUACAACUCCCAUGGAUGUGGUCAAGACGAUGUUGCAGACGAGAGGAACAGCUAAUGAUGCUGCGCUGAGGAACGUUAGUGGAUUCAUGGAGGGAGCCACAUUAUUACACCAGAGAGAGGGUUUCCGGGGAUUUCUAAAAGGGAUGCGGCCCCGUGUUGUUACUACGAUGCCAAGCACUGCGAUUUGUUGGUCGGCGUACGAGGCUUGCAAGGCAUAUUUCAUCAGAAAAAACGAUACUGUUGUUUAA